AUGGCGGUACCAGAGAAUUCAAAGUUAGGGAUUUGCUAUAUAUGGCUCAUCUCUUUCAUCCUUUUCGUCUUCACAGUCUCAGGUGCCAUCUUCUUGCUGAUGUACAUGAUCCAGCCUACAUCCCCCACCACUUCUUUGUACCCUGUUAUCGGUGUGUCUCUCAUUAGCUUCCCUUGGUUCUUUUGGCUCCUUACAAUCCUUUAUCGGAUUGUGUCACGUGCUUGUGGGUUUAGGAUGAGUUGUUUUGGUUCCUAUGGUGCUGAUCACCCUGAUGAUCGUGUUCCUUCUGGUGCGCCGGCCAUCAACAAUGGUGGUGGAGGUGGUGGUAGUCCUGUUCAUAAUGCUAGUAUAGCCACUACUAAUGGUAUCGGUGAAGUCGAGAAUGGCGUUAAUGGUGAUUUAGAAAAUGGGAAUAGGAAUGAGAACGGGAACGGGAACAGGAUGUCUGCGGUGGGAUCGCAGCCAGGAAGUCCAAGGCGGGUUCAUUUCGGAGGGGUGGUAAUAUUAGGUGAGGAUAAUGGUGUUGCUCAUGAAAACCAGGGAAACCCAAAACCAAUAUCAUCACCAAGAUCAUCAUCGUCAUCAUCUUCGUCGGAAAAUUGUAAUGAGAGUGAACUGCCUCUGAGAUUUUCUAUGGCCUCUUGA